CCUCAAUGCACCACUCUCUCCUUUUAUCUCACGGAUAGGUACUCCGCAUGUUGAAUCGAUCGACACAAACGACCUACAGAAGAUUCGUGUCCAAUCUAGUGGCAUGACAGUUGAAUUACCUCGCCUUCAGUCAUGUGAAGUAGAUGAGGAAGCGGCGUCGAGCCCCCCACUGGAUAACACACGGUCGUCUUCUUUGCCUCCCAGCUCCAGCCCUCCCCAGAUUUUUUCUUCGUCUCCGUUCGCAUCAUCUCAGUCGUCGCUCAUCGAAACUGGAGAUCAUUACAAAGUUGCAGACAGGGCCAUAACAAUGGAGUCAGACGAUCAGGAUCUCAUCAAUUCUCCGGGCGAAGUUUACCCAGACACCUUGGAAGAGGCUUAUAAUCAUCACGAUGAUACUGAUGCAUAUCAACAGCGAGAAAUGCAUGAGCCCUACGAUCUCGCCAUUCGUAGGGGAAGCCCCAAAACGAACAAGAGCGCUUACAACAUUCAAGAAGUUAAACCAUUGCCGCAGAAGCGAUCCUAUCCGGAAGGAGAGAUCGGUGCUCUUGGUCUGCAUGACAAGGACCUACCACCAAGCCCAGGAGACAUAUCGUCGGCUAAACGCAUGAAAACCCAUGAUGGUAAAGUGUAUCUGCCACCAGCUCCAAAGCGCGCCACCUUGGCGUCUCAGCAGCGGCAGUUCAAGAAACUCAUCACUCCGUUUCGUUCACCUUUAAUCCUGAACAAGGACGAAGAUACGCCAUCAGAGGACCUUUUAAAGUCCAAGAGCCCUCUGUCGACUCUUCUGGCACCACCAUCAGCUCCGAAAAUGCCACUCACACCUCAGAAAGUUCAUCAUGCCCAUGCAGCUCCAUCCAUUACACCAGCUAAGACCAGAGUUCGCACUCUCAAAGCGGCAUCACAAUUCAAAUCUCCGUUAAGCUCUUCUGCUUCAGCAUCGUCCGGAAGAGGAUCGUCGAUUCGACUGACGCCUACAGUCCAGUCUCUAGAACGCAAAUUACAACUUCUUAAACGCGCGGUCAAAGUGAAAGAGAACGAUGAGGAAAAGAUACUCGUCGGGCUUAUCAAGAAAUGGACAGACGCAGGCAGGGAGGUCGCAUAUGAACUUUGGGAUUUGGUGAAAGAUUCUGCGAACAAGCGGGAUGGUAUGGGUUGGGACGGAGGCAUGAUGGGCUCACGGGACUCGAACUGGGGCUGGGACUCCCCUGGCAUCAAACGCGAAGGCUAUCCGGAGAACGAUAUCAAUACUGCUACGGAGAAUCCCUUGGACGAAGGCCAUACCAACAAGAUCCUUUCAGAAGAUGAUGAGCAAACACGGAACACCAUGGGUACGAUGCUCCGACAGCUUGGAAUCGCUACAGAAACAUUAGGAUGGGAUGAAGAUGCUGAGGUUUUCUUCGAUUGAAGCCAUAUUCAUUCAGGUUUGUGCUGUUCUACGUAUACAUCAAGGUAAUCACAUGGUAGUUGGACCAUGAAAGUCUUAAUUGCCCAUUGUCUUAUUCUCCGAUAUUCUUUAGCGCCUCUUCAGCAAUCACUUCCGGGAAUUCACACUGUAUCCAGUGC